GUAGUGUGGGAAUGUUGGAAACACACACAGGAAGCUUGCCAGAGUUUGCUGCAGAUAUUGUACUGAUUCCAGGUGGAUGGAUUUCUCAUUAUCGAUGCGAGCACGAGUGAUAAAGCGGAUCUGACUGUUUAUUUGUGUUUAGUGCUUUUUGGGUCUGUUUACUGGAAUUACUAGCUGCUCUUUACAACUUCCAUGGAGCUCUACUGCGGGACACAGGAGAGGGCUUUCUGCGCUGUGCACAGUCCACCCACCCACCUCUAGGAAAUCUAGGAACUGGUAACCAACUCCAGAUGUGGGGUGUGAAAGCAAUGAAGUCUGAGUGUACAUAAGUGACCAUCCACCUCCUGAAAGCCUCGCUCCUGUCUUCCCCUCACCCUAGUUAAUAUCUAAUCUGUGGCAACGCCUGCUGUCUCUGCUUGCUGUAAAUGAGCCUGUGUUUUAUGGGGGUCAGAUAGGAGGUACAAGGUCUAUUAAAGGUAUUCUUGCACCUUUGCUGGGUUGUGUCAGUCUGGAAGGUGCCUCGCCUGGAUCUAAGAUGGUUGUGGAAGUACUUGUGUCCAAGACCCUGGCCAUCGUGGCUGUGGUUAUGACGGCGUCUGCCAUCGGUGGCAUUGUCACCAUGUCUGUCAUGUUCCAUUUAAAAGUAAAAGCUGACCCACCAACGACACCAGCUCCGACCACCACGGCGCAGCCCAUCCCGACAGGCGCUCCUAUCGACAUGAGGCUGCCCAGAACCGUGCUCCCCCAGAGCUACGAGGUCCUCCUGAUGCCUCUCAUCUACUCAACUGUCCCCAAACCAGAAGUCAACCAAACAGCUGUCAACCAAACCUUCUCUUUCAUUGGGAACUCGACGGUGACAUUUCUAUGCGUGAACAAGACCAAGAGUAUUUUUAUGCACCGUAAGAGUGAACUGAUGGUGAGCAAACCCGUGUUGGUUGAUCUGGCCACCGAAGAGGAAAUAAAGGUGGUACUGAGGGUGAACGAGAGCACCGUCAGUGAGACAGACUUCCUAGAGGUUCUGGUGACGGACGAUGUGGUUCUGCAGCCGGAUGCGCGCUAUAACCUGACUAUGCAGUUCUCAGGAGAGUUGCUGAAUGAUCUAGCAGGUUUCUACUCAAGUUCCUACGAAGUGAAAAACGAAGAUGAUGAGAGUGAGAUGAGAUACCUGGCCGCCUCUCAGAUGCAGGCCACAGAUGCCCGUAAAGUGUUCCCCUGCUUUGAUGAACCCGAUAUGAAGGCAGAGUUCAACAUCAUCAUCCUACACAGAGACGGCACCACUGCGCUAACUAACUGGCCCAGGAAAGAUUCCACCGGCUUCGCAUACGAAUUUGCCAACGAGACAUGGAGAUGUACAGAGUUUAAGACCACAGAGCCAAUGUCAACAUACCUUGUGGCGUUUGUUGUAGCGGAAUUUGCGGAAUCUAGAUCUACUGUGACUCCUAAGGGUAAACUCAUAAGGGUCUAUGCUCGGCCUGAAUCCAUCAUGGCUGGACAUGCAGACUAUGCCCUCGACGUCACUCCAGGCAUCCUCCACUUCUACGAAGAGGAAUUUGCUAUCGAUUACCCAGUGCGCAAAUUAGAUCAAGUUGCCCUGCCUGACCUGGGCCCUACUGCUAUGGAGAACUGGGGCCUGAUCACCUACACGGAGUCUAGCCUGCUGUAUGUGGAGGGUGUCUCCUCCACGUUUGACAUGUACCACACCAACCUCGUCAUCGCACACGAGCUGGCUCACCAGUGGUUUGGGAACCUGGUGACCAUGAGGUGGUGGAACGAGGCUUGGCUGAACGAAGGCUUUGCCACCUACAUGUCUUAUAAGGCCAUUGAAGGCACCAAGCGCACCUGGAAAGCAGACGACCUGUUUGUGAUUGAUGAGCUCCAGCAAGUUCUCACCGUGGACGCCCUGGCCUCCUCUCGUCCCCUCAGCUCCCCCGAGGACCAGGUGUCGACCAUCGACCAGAUCAACGAGCAGUUUGACGCCAUCACCUACAGCAAGGGAGCGGCAGUGUUGAGAAUGCUUGAACACCGUGUAGGAACAGCCUUGUUUAAAGUUGGCAUACAGGGAUACCUAAAAGCUCUGCAAUAUGACAACGCUGAUCAGGCCGACCUCUGGAGACACAUACAACAGGCAUAUAAUGUAGACGGUGAUGAGGUGGAGACAUUCAUGGAUGGGUGGGUCAAUCAGGCUGGUUUCCCUGUUGUCACAGUGGACACCAGCACUGGAGAGAUACGGCAGGAGAGAUUCCUCCUCAACGGCAACUACUCACACAAUGUGUGGCAUGUGCCCAUUAAUGCAAUGUUCGAUGAUGGUAAUGUCUAUACUGGAAUUAUCUUCAAUAAGAAAGGCCCAGUGACCUUGACAGAGCUGAUAUCAGAAAAAUGGGUCCUGGUGAAUCCAAACUGUGUUGGUUACUACCGUGUUAAUUACAACCUGGAGAACUGGCAGAGGCUCACUGCCCAGUUGAUGACAAAGCGCCAGGCAAUCCCAGCGAUCAACCGGGGACAGAUUAUCGAUGAUGCCUUCAAUCUGGCCAGGGCAGAUUAUCUUGAUGUGGCAGUAGCGCUGAACACGACCAGGUAUCUGCAUAAGGAGACAGAGUACAUCCCGUGGCAGUCGGCCCUAAAUAACCUCAACUUCUUCAUGCUGAUGUUCGACCGCUCUGAGGUGUACGGGCCGAUGCAGGCAUAUCUACUACAACAGAUCAUACCCCUCUACGAGCACUUUGCCAAUUUUACCAACAACAACACAGUACCAGGCACUCCUGGUGAACAGAACGCCCAACUAAAGGCCAUUUCCAUGGCAUGCCAACUUGGAUAUGACAAGUGCAUUGAUAUGGCUCAAAAGGAGUUUGCUGCCUGGCAGUUUGGAACUGGAGAUGGAGAUGGGGAUGGAGAUGGAGAUGGAGGUGGAAAUGGAACUAGAACAACUCACACUUACAAGAUACACCCAAACCUCCAGUCCGUCAUUUACUGCCAUGCCAUCGCGGCUGGGGGGAAGGAGGAGUGGGAGUUCGCCUGGGAGAAGUACCUGAACUCCACCUUGGCCACUGAGAAAGAUAAGCUCAGAUACGGCCUCUCCUGCACCAAGCAUAUCUGGCUGCUCAACAGGUAUCUGCUGUACACUCAGGACCCCAGUAUGAUCCGCAAGAUGGACGUGGUCUCCACUAUCAUCCACGUGUCUGAGAAUGUGGCUGGCCAGGCCCUGGCCUGGGACUUCGUCAGGGGAUACUGGAAGGAGCUCAUUGAAGAAUUUGGUGAGGAGAUUGGCUACCUGGGAAAUCUGGUGUAUUGGGUCACGGAGAGGUUCUCCACAGCCUACGAACUACAGCAGCUGAUGCAGUUCCAGAGUGACCACAGUGACUCCCUGGGCUCGGCGUCCCUCUCCCUGGAGCAGGCCAUCGAGAGGACGCAGGCCAACAUGCACUGGGUGGAGCAGAACAAGGACACCGUGCUCAAGUGGUUCGAGGAGGCCCAGUAGACGAUAACAAACUCCCCCAUUGGAUUUGCACUGGGGGGGGUAUUUCAAGAACACGGGGGGAGG